AUAGCUAUUUUGGCAAUAAGUUCGAUACAUUACCAAAAACUGACUAUUGCGUUUUUCCUAUAAAUAUUAAACUGAAUUGGGAAACAAGUAUCAGUUCCUUUCCUGCUUUCAAAUCAGCAACUAACUUUCAAUAAAACAAAAUGAAAUUCGUCAUCUGCUUGGCUCUCUUGGCUUGUCUCAUUGCCUGCGGCAUGUGCUGUGAUGUUGAUAGCAACAAUAUGCCCUCUUGCACCACCAAAAAUGUGAAUGUACCCGUUCGCAAUUUCUGGGAUCCUACCGGCUACUGGGAGUGCAAAUCGGCCACUGGUACCGCUGAAAUGGUCCACUGUCCCGAUGCCCAAUUGUUCGAUGAAGCCAAGGGUCAAUGCAUUGCCUGGAAUGAAUGGACCUGGACCAAUCCUUGCCCUGUUGCCAACUAAAUAGGGAUGUUCUACACUUGUCAAAAAAAUUUGUAUUUAAAAUAAAUAAAAUUUAAUCAAAAGC